AAUUUAAUAUUGCCCGAGUGUUCGUCGCGGUUGUGUUAAAAUUAGCUGGAAUUAAUUAAAUUCCGAUUUUUUGUUUUAAAAUCAUAAAAUUAUCAAAUUUAACAAUUUCUUUUGUUUUUGUAAUUUCCUUUCACAAUCUUCUUAAACAAAAGCCGUUGAAUAACUGAAGUUAAGUUUAGUCGUCCGAAAAUUGCGUAGAAAAGUGGUUGUUGAAGGUUUUUAAAGCCUGAAAAUUUUUUACUGUGUAUUUAAGAAGAAAAAAAAUAAAUAUUCCAAUAUGUCUAACAAAACAACUUUUACAACGCUUUUGCUCCUCACAGCAAUUGCAAUUGAUUUAACCUAUUGCUACUCAGCACUGGAGGACUCGCGUUUAAUAUCAGAAUAUAGAAAGCAGUUGCGUGAUACAUCUAAAUAUGCAAAAGUGGCCCGUACUUUAGUACAUGAUGCGGACUGGGCCUCUGUGGGCACUAUAUCGACAGACAACAACACACUUGAUUAUCCAACAGUAAAUGUAAUCUCUACAGAUGAUAAUGAUAUCAAUGGAAAAUCGACUGGUAGAAUACAUUUUCUACUAACUGAUUUGGAUUUUACUGGCAAGGAUUGGAAACACGAUAAUAAAGUAUCUUUCUUAUAUACUGAAAAUCAAACGGGUAAAUGUAAGGCACGUGGUAUCGAUCCUAUGGAACCAACAUGCGCUCGCACUUUAAUAACUGGUAAAGUUGUAGAGAUGGACAAAAAUUCAAAUGAAUAUGUGAACGCCUUGACUGCUUUUAAGCAAAGACAUCCUUCUGCCACAAAAUGGAUGAAAACUCAUACUUUUUAUAUAUGUGAAUUGAAUAUACAAAAUAUCUAUGUACUUAAUUUCUAUGGCGGUCCACAUAAUGUACCUGUUGAAGCUUAUUAUAGUGCUGUUCUCAAUUAUUAAAAUUAUUUUCAUAUAUUGUAAGCUUAAAUUACAAGGAUUAGUUGCUGUAGAUCUUCUAGGUAUUUUAGUCGUUUUCUUCGAGGACUUUAUAGUUUUCUUAUUAUACAUAUAUACAAAUAAUAUCUUAUUAGCUGAGGGGUGUACCAGGCUGGAGGAGCUUGAGGUUUAAACCAACACUCAAAAUAUUGCGAACCACUUCAUAUUAGAUAUAAUAGAUUUUUUUUUAGUUGAAAGAUUUAUGAACUUUCAAAUAGUUUUCAAAACCCUUUUUAAAUGAGUCUCUGCAUAUCUCACUGCGAAUUAAUAUUAUUAUGCUCUGUAUAUGGUUUAAUAGAUAUAUAGAAUGUCUGCUUCGACAAUCAAUUUGUCAUAAAACCAAUAAGGUUGUCUAUACUUAAAUCUAUCUAUCUCUCUAUCAAUAAAUAUUGAUAUGAUAUUUUUGUUUUGUUUUAAUAGUACUGUAUCCAUCUUAUAACUGAUCUAUAAGUAAAUGAAAUACGCCUUGUAAAUAUAGACAGUCAGUUUUAGUAGUGAUAGCGGAAGAAGAAACAUAUAUGAACAAUUUUUUUAAAUGAAAAAUUUUAUAUAUACAAUAACUUACGAUAUUAAUUGUGAUAGUUUAUAUAAUAACCAUUUUAACUUAUAAUUUUAAGAUGACACUUUUAUCUUGACAAUGCGUUGACAACUAUAGCUAUCAACUUCAUUUAAUGCAGCUAAUUAUAUUUGAAAUCUACUUAACUAGAUCCAUCAAAAUAAUACUAUAUCUUUGAUAUUUUAAUUAAAAUAUUUUAAAAUAUGAUUGAAAUAUUGACAUUGCUCUAAUUAAUACCAUUUACACCACUUCCUCAUUAAUGUUCUUCAGUAAAUAAAUAAUAUUUCUAUAUCUUAUGUGAACGGAUAUAUUUCGAUGAAAUACUUUACUAUACAAGUAUAUGAAUUUGAAAGUAUUCUAGCAUUAGUAUACUCGAAUUCGAACAUUUGAAUCGAACAUCUAACGUGUUCGAAAUUGCUUAGUAGAAUUUUAGAAACUGAGGUUCGAACAUAUAUCUCGAGUAAAAUUAUACUCGAACAUUAAAAUUCUCCUAACUUCGAACACCUCAAAGAAUAUUAAAAACACUAAUAUACAUAGUAUAAACCUUCUUACAUUUGUCUGACUAUAACUUCUUUGUAAUUUAGGCUACAUUAAUAGGUGUAUAAUUUUUAUAAAAUGUGUAUAAAUGAACUAGAGAUUUUAGAAUCUCACAGAUUGUAUGAAACCGAUAUAUAAAAAUGACCGAUUGAAAAAUAUACUUAAAAUAAGAUACUUUGUGACUAAAUGAAAC